CUCGUCUUUCAUUCCAUUGUCAGGUCUUGUUAUCGGGUUGUUCUUAUUUCUUGCGCUUGUAGAUUCUGCAUAUUAUCUUUAAGGAUUGUCAUAUUUUCUUAAUAGAGAUAAAACAGCAGCAACCAUUGUCUGUCAAAUAGAUGUAUAAUAGUUUCAUACGGGUAUAAGAGAAGAACUACAAUUACUGUACUAAAGUUUUCUGAAGUUACAGUUAUCAUUUGGCCUGGAUGUGGACUGUCAAUGGCGUGUGUAGAGACAUCAGGUAGCUAGAUGACAGAGUAGGAGAGGUCCUGCUGAAUAGAGUGAUGCGGGAGCAGCUGGAGGAGGUGUUGUCAUCAGAAGCCCUGGUAGUGCUCCCCACAGAAACCCAGGAGGUUGAGAGUGAUCAGGAGCAGAAGGUGGUGUUACAGCUGGCUGUGAUGAUACGGACCAUCGGAGACGCAGUCAAAAAGGACGGGAAGCUGGACGAUGCGAUAGAUGGAAUGGUGGGGCAAAUGACCAGCAAGACCAACUACUGGAAGUUGGUAGAAAAGGUAUUUGAGGAUGGUCAAAUCACCUGGGAGAGAAUUGCUGUGCUGUUCUACGUAGCAGGGAGGAUAGCUGUCAAGGUGGUGAUUGCUAACCUCCCCCAGUUAGUGAAGGACAUUCUGAAGUGGACUCUGGAGUACUUCAGAAGCAAAUUACUGGACUGGAUCCAGAAACAUGGAGGAUGGGUGAACAGUUUUGCUGAGCUGGCACGUGUGCAGGUGGAGAGGAUGUCCUCUAUGAGCGCCUGGUCUUCAGGGCUCAUCCUGGUCUUCCUCGGAGGUGUCAUACUGGGUAGUGUCAUCACCUGGAAACUCUCCAGGAGGACGUGACACACACACACACAGUCCCACUCCGGUUCAAGCACAAUUGUGUGACAUGACAUGCAAACGUGUGGGCGUGCGCACACUCACACACAAAUAUAUUUGUUUACCUAGCCUAUGUAUUAUUAGUUACCUACCUUCUGGUUUACUCAGGAUAAAGAAGAUGACCAGAUGCUGCUGGAAGUGGUGUUGGAGAGCCAGUAGGAGGCAAUCUUUCCUCUGGUCAAAAAAUUAUAA